CAUAAACGAAAUCGAGUAGCUGUCGAAGAGAUUAAAAUACAAGCCGAGACAGACAUUACGGAAAUUACAACUUGGAACACGGAAAUCGACAAUAAACUAGCGGAGUCGGAUAAAGUCGUCGAAGAACUGAGAACAUGGCUUGAUCAGCGUCGAAAGGAGAAGGAUAACGUAGCGAGAGAAGAACAAAUUCAAUUUGAAACAAUGCUUUUCAAAACAAGAAUGGAAUUCGAGACGAAGUUAGCAAGUGCGAAAGUGGAAACACUGACAAUAAAUAAAGAGGGGAAUUGGCAAGGUGAGUCGCAACAAAGUACAUUAGCUAAACUACCGAAGUUAGUUAUUUCAAAAUUUGGUGGAGAUUUUCAAGAUUGGCAAAGGUUCUGGGGACAGUUCACAGAAACAGUCGAAAAAACUAAUAUGCCCCCCAUCACGAAAUUUACCUACCUCUGUGAGUUGCUUGACCCCAAGAUAAAGCAUGUUAUUGAUUCAUUACCCUUCACUACAGAGGGCUACAACAGGGCAAAAUCUAUCCUGAAAGAUCGCUAUGGGAAAGAAUCGGAAAUUAUUAAGUCGCAUGUCAAGGAUAUAAUGGAUUUGCCAUAUAUUCACGGUGCAAACCCCAAGAAAAUUCGAGAUUUUAGUGAGCGUCUUAACCAUUGUGUGCAAGCGCUGCAAACAAUGAACAGACUGAGUCAGGUUAACGGCAACGUCGCGAUGACGUUGGACAAACUCCCCGGAAUUAGGGGGGAUCUUGUUCGAACAGACCCUGACUGGGAGAGGUGGACCUUUGUCCAGUUAUCAGAGGCAGUUCGCCAGUGGGUCAAGAGGAACCCCGUGGACCAAAGUCGUACAGAUCGAGAUAAAGAUCGACAAAUCAAAUCCUUUCAUGCGAAGUCACGUGAAUGCGUUUAUUGCGGUGACGUAACUCAUAAAGCAGGGAACUGCACCAAGAUUACUAGUGUGACAGAACGGAAACAAAUUCUAGCAAGAAAACGAUUAUGCUUCAAUUGUGCGAUUGGAACCCAUCGUGCAGCUGAGUGUUCCAGCAAGGGAUCCUGUCAAAAUUGUGGAAAACGACACCACACUUCCAUCUGUGAUACAGCAAAAGUCGAAGGAAAGGAGCAAGUUAUGACUACAAACCAGUCGAGCGAAAGCGUGUUGCCAGUUAUUGUUAUCAAGGUGAACGGAGUCAAGUGUAGAGCGUUAAUCGAUACAGGAUCUGGGAGCUCAUAUAUUUCAGCGAAACUCAUAGAAGUAGUGAAAGCGAAACCUAUUUCGACACAAACAAGGCAAGUUGAAAUGCUUAUGUCCUCGAAGAGUGUACGCAUGGACAUAUACGAAUUGAACACUGAAUCCGUUGACGGACAGUACCAAAUGCCAGUGAAGUUCAUCAAAGUGAAUAAACCAGAACUUCUCACUAUUGAAAACCCAAAUUACGCUGACCUCAUACGAGACAACGCCCAUCUGUCUGAGGUGAUAAUCGCAGACAAAGACACCAAGAGUCAACUUCCUGUGCAUGUUAUCUUUGGAAGUGGCGAAUACGCACGCAUCAAGACCGAGACGAAACUUUGUGUGAGAAAGGAAGGUGGCCCAGUCGCGGAGCUGACGAAGAUGGGAUGGUUCAUAAUGAGCCCUGGAACAGAGUUCGACCGGAACCGGAUGCUGUUGACGCAAACUUCACAAA